AUCACGGGUCUGACAGCAAAUACAUCAAAAAUACUUUUUGUUCUUCUUCCGAAAUUGAUUCAACGACUUUUGCAAUCUCGAUUUUGAUUCAGAAAGAAGAGCGAGAUCGAUCACGAUGGGUCAGGGAGAAGAAGAUAAAAGCAAAGGAUUUGCUCCGGAAGAAGGUAACCAGCAUCACCAUCAUCAAUACGGUACAUUUCAAGGUGUUUCAAAUUACCCUCCGCCGCAGAGCUCUGCUCCGGUCACUGGGUUUCCUCAACCUUCAGCUCCUCCUGGAGUUUACGAUACCGGAUCUCCUUAUUACGCUCAUGGUUAUCAAACUGUUCCAGUCCAUGGUGGUGUUGCUGAAGGAAGACCUGUGACUGGGAGACAACGCCGCCUUCCUUGCUGUGGAAUUGGUCUUGGAUGGUUCCUGUUUGUAGUUGGAUUUUUCCUUGGAGCAAUCCCAUGGUAUGUCGGGUUGUUCAUCAUGAUGUUUGGACGAAGGAUCGAUUACAGGGAGAAACCAGGAUACAUUGCCUGCACUAUCGCUGCAAUUCUUGCAACAAUUGCUGUGAUUCUGGGUGUAUCGAAAGGAGCAGAUGAGUGGUGAUUAAACGAUCAAUCAAUCAACUUGUCAGUUAUUCUCAAAACGUUUGUAUAGGUUUCUUUAUCGUGUGUAACUGUGUUGUAUUAUCUACUUCCUUUUUCUAUGUACUGGAGAAAGAAAAAAGUGUAAACUUCACAAAAAUUA